UCCGUGUUAGCUAAACAGCAUGACCUGUGUGUCCCAAUGACAGCAACAAGCACAGGGGUCUAAGAUGGUGAAAAUUAGCUUCGCAUUGCGGCUUUUUACUCAAGUUACUGUGGAAUAAACAAGGUUGAGGACGUGUGUGUGUGAAGAUGCCAGCUGGUGUGUCUUGGCCUCGGUACCUGAGGAUGUUUGGUGCAAGUAUAUUGGCGAUGUUUGCAGGAGCACAGGUCGUCCACCAAUACUACCUACCUGACCUGACUAUACCAGAGGUUCCACCAAAGCCCGGGGAGCUGCAGACAGAACUGCGAGGCUACAAAGUCAGAGAAGAAGCUGCUGCGACGUUACAGCGGCUAAAAACAGAAGAGAAGGUGGACUGAUGUAGGAUUGCACCUCCUUUGUGUGACGGACUCUUAAUCAAGCACACUAUGUCCAAUAUUGUGCCAACACUUAGAGGUUGCCAUGUGCCUGGGAGUUAAGUCAUUGCUGGGACAUCUGCAAAUGAAUAUUUUCUGUGCUGCUGUUUUCUACUGAUGGAGCAAACACAGGUGGAAUUCAAUGCCACACUGUUGGCUUCUGCCUGUUCAGGAUAAGGUUCUUAUCUGGAGCAAGAUUAUUUGGUUUAUACAACCAUGCAUACCCAUGUGUUGUCCUCCUUUUUGAUUGUGUUUGCAUUUUUAGACCAUGUGAUGACAUAUAUAUGAGAGUAAGAGGACAUGGACACACUGUAACUGCUGAAAUCAUUAAGUAAUAUUUGUUCCAUUCAAAAGUGAAUACUUGGAUUGUUUUUCCAAUAGCAGACAAAAUGUGUUAGAAAUAAAAAAUAUCAAACUAAA